AUGGUAAGAUUAUUGUAUAAAGAAAAGGAAGUAAUACUUCCAGAAAAUUGUUCAGUUGAAUUGAAUAACAAGAUAUUUACAUUUAAAGGACCAUUAGGAGAGCAGAAUUACGAUGCUUCUAAGUAUAAGUUCACUUUUGAGUUAGAUGAUAAUAAAAUCUUAAUUAAGAGUUGGCAUGGUAAUAAGAAGAAGAAUUCACUUCUUAAUACACUUAGUUCACAUUUACUUAAUAAUGCAAAUGGUGUGGUUAAAGGAUUUAAGUAUACUCUUAGAACUGUAUACAAACACUUCCCAAUCCAAUUAGUUAUUGAAGAAAAUGGUAAAGUUGUUACAGUUAAAAACUUCUUGGGUGCUAAAGUACCAAGAUCUUUUAAGUUAAUUGGUUCAGCAAUAGCAUCUCAAGGUGAAACUAAAGACUUUAUUGAAAUUUCUGGAAUUAACUUAGAACAUGUUAGUCAGUCAGCUGCUAAUUUAAUUGAUGACUGUCAAAGAAGAAAAAAUAAUGAUUCAAGAAUUUUCUUAGAUGGUAUUUACAAGAUCAACAAAGGAGUAAUUAAAUCUGAAUAA